AUGUGCACCCAACAGUUGAGGUCAUUCAGUGUCACCCAAUGUGAUGUUCAUGUGAUGCCAUCACUUUCAAGUUUUGAAGCUUUACGUGUCCUAGAUAUGGAAGAUUGUAGUUCUAUUGCAGAUGGCAUUUAUCAUCUAGGCCAUCUUGGGAGUUUGAUCCAUUUGAGGUUCCUGGGAUUGCGGAACAUGCCAAUAGAUAAGCUACCAGAAGAAAUAGGGAAUCUGAAGUUUUUGCAGACACUGGACUUGGAGAGUACUGGAAUAGAAGAAUUGCCACAAAGUUUUGGUCUGCUAAGGCAACUCAAGUGCUUGCAUUUUAAAGUCCGUGAAGUAACAGUUGGGAUGCAUUUGCUGGGAAACCUAACAUCAUUGGAAAAGCUACUGUUGGUAUUUGACACUUGGUCUCCUGAGUUUGUAGCAGAGCUGGGCAAGCUGACGAUGCUGAGGAAUCUCAACCUUUUCUCUUUUGAUGGCCGAGUCUUGAAUGAUAACCAGAUGAAAGCGCUGGUGAAGUCUCUUGUCAAACUGCAAAAGAUCGAAGUUCUGGGCAUUGACUUUCUUUAUAGUGUGAGUAUUGGACACCAAGACUGGGAAGGUUAUGUACCACCUCGACAACUGCGUGAACUCAGCCUAAGAACGGAGAGCAACAUAUUGCCGGCGUGGAUAAGCCCGUCGCUUAUCCCGAAAGUCACCAGUUUAUCGCUCAUGCUGAAGGAAGUGAAGGCGCGGGAUAUGGAGAUUCUUGGGAGUUUCCCAGAGCUCAUUACUCUAUGGUUGAGUGAUCAAGGGUUUGGCAACUCGCAGGACUUUCUCCCAGAUGUCGUGGGGGAGUUAUUCCCCAAGUUGAGGUACUUUUGUACACCUGCACCGCUGAGGUUUCUGCAGGGAGCGAUGCCGAGCCUUGAAUCCCUUGAGUACACUUAUCUCCAAGUGAAUCAGUUGAAGCGUGACAGAAUAUUUGUGUUUGAGUUUGGUAGCUGGGAAAACCUACAUUCACUCCAGAAAGUGAAAGCUACCAUCCGUCCAGAUGCAGCUCAUGAGAAUGAAGCUGUGGUCGCGCUGGAGCUCGUAGCCAACCAACAUCCCAACCGUCCUAACCUUACAGUCAAUAUUUGGUGAGGGCGUCUCAAGCUAAUUAACUAAUUGUCGCCACGGCAAUUAAUGUGGUACCUACUACACUUCCUUUCCAAGCAAGCUCCUCCUCGAUCGAUCUUCACUUCAACUAUUAUCAAUCUGCACCUGCAACUGAUGAAUGGCGUGCACCAAGAGAUUAUACCACUACUUAAUCUAUGCACCUGGAUUCUUUUUUUUUACCAAGCUCUGGGAUUGUAAUAAGCUACCUUUCAUUUUUUUUAGGCGACGAUGCUAUCAGGUUUUUGUCCCAUGGUUCAGCAAAAACUGAUGCUAGCAGUGGGUUUCCUCAUAGUGCGCAAAACUCAUCACCCCUUUUCCCUUUUGCUGCUUAACAGUUCGAUGUUUUUGCAAUGGAUCUCGCUAGGAAAAUUUUACUUAUCA